AUGGAGCUCGAGACUUCAGUUUAUCGACCAAAUAUCGCCGUGUAUGAUUCUCCGGAGGGCGUGGAGGUUCGAGGACGGUACGACCAAGUGUUCGCGAAGAUUCUGACAAGAGAUGCUCUUGGGUUUGUGGCUGAGUUACAGAGAGAGUUCCGUGGGCAUGUUAGGUACGCCAUGGAGUGUCGGAGAGAGGCACGUCGGCGUUAUAACUCUGGUGGUGUCCCUGGGUUUGACCCUUCAACUAAGUUUAUCAGAGACGGUGAUUGGAUUUGUGCCUCGGUUCCUCCCGCCGUUGCUGACCGGAGAGUUGAGAUAACCGGUCCCGUUGAAAGGAAGAUGAUCAUCAAUGCUCUUAACUCCGGAGCUAAAGUCUUCAUGGCUGAUUUUGAGGACGCAUUGUCUCCGAGCUGGGAGAAUUUGAUGAGAGGGCAAGUGAACUUGAGAGAUGCAGUUGAUGGGUCCAUUACCUUCCACGACAAGUCAAGAAACAGAGUUUACAAGCUCAACGACCAAACCGCUAAGCUCUUUGUCCGGCCACGAGGUUGGCAUCUCCCUGAGGCUCACAUCCUCAUCGACGGUGAACCCGCUACCGGAUGUCUCGUCGACUUCGGCCUUUACUUCUUCCACAACUUCGCCAAAUUCAGAGAGACUCAAGGUUCCGGUUACGGACCUUUCUUUUAUCUCCCCAAAAUGGAGCAUUCUCGGGAAGCAAAGAUAUGGAACAGCGUGUUCGAGCGAGCUGAGAAGAUGGCUCGGAUCGAGAGAGGAAGCAUCCGAGCCACGGUUCUGAUCGAGACCCUCCCUGCUGUUUUCCAAAUGAACGAGAUACUAUACGAACUCCGUGAUCACUCAGUCGGUUUAAACUGUGGAAGAUGGGAUUACAUCUUUAGCUAUGUCAAGACCUUCCAGUCUCACCCUGACCGCCUCUUACCAGACCGUGUCCUUGUUGGCAUGGGCCAGCAUUUCAUGAGAAGUUACUCUGAUCUUCUCAUCCGUACUUGUCAUAAGCGCGGUGUUCACGCCAUGGGCGGCAUGGCAGCUCAGAUUCCGAUAAGAGAUGACCCGAAAGCGAAUGAGAUAGCAUUGGAUCUUGUGAGGAAAGACAAGCUAAGAGAAGUAAGAGCAGGGCAUGAUGGGACAUGGGCGGCUCAUCCAGGACUCAUCCCAAUCUGCAAUGAAGCAUUCACUGGCCACAUGGGAAAAGCUCCAAACCAGAUCAAAUCAAUGAAACGUGAAGACGCUUCCGCGAUAACAGAGGAGGAUCUGCUUCAGAUUCCACGAGGAGUGAGAACACUCGAGGGUCUAAGGCUGAACACACGUGUGGGAAUCCAGUACUUAGCCGCGUGGUUAACAGGAUCAGGAUCUGUCCCACUAUAUAACCUAAUGGAAGAUGCAGCUACGGCUGAGAUAAGCCGUGUUCAGAACUGGCAAUGGAUUAGGUACGGAGUGGAGUUGGACGGAGACGGGCUUGGAGUUCGGGUGAGUAAAGAGUUGUUUGGGAGAGUUGUGGAAGAAGAGAUGGAGAGGAUUGAGAGAGAAGUUGGGAAAGACAAGUUUAAGAGAGGAAUGUAUAAGGAAGCUUCAAAGAUGUUUACAAAGCAGUGCACUGCAGCUGAGCUUGAUGAUUUUCUUACACUUGCUGUUUAUAAUCACAUUGUAGCUCACUAUCCCAUCAAUGUCUCUAGGCUCUGA